AUGUCUUUGACCGGGAUUGGGCAUCUAUACAAGGGUGGAAAGAAAGGCGGCAAAGCCCGAGGCGUGGGUGGUUUUCAUGACAUGGACGCAAGGAAGCAGCAUGCCAUUGCCGCGAAAGGUGGUCGUGCGUCAAGGAAAGCGGCUAUAGAUCGCCAUGAGAAUGAACAUGAAGAGUGCAUGGAGAGCAAACAGCGCAGUCAGUCGCAGGAACCCUCAGUCGUUCCCCCAGGGUUUGAAGAGUCGAAAACAUGUGCAUAA